UGGUAGUUCUAAUUUAGACAUUAAAAAGACUAAAUCAAACUUUAAUAACAGUGUUAAUUAAGAUACAAGUAAGAAUUGACAUCAGAUCAAUAAAAUGCUUCUAAAACUUCUAAUCUUGUCACUCGUCACCACAUCUGCAUUAGCUCAAACCUCAAUUAUAAUUUGCUCGCAAGCUUUUGUCGACGACAUCUGCACAUGCAAUUUCCUUAUCUUUAAUCCAAAUGGAUUCAAUAAUUUAACAGUUGUUGGCAAUCCAAUAACAAAUUGUACAUUUGAAGACACCAAACAAGCAAUUGCUAUGGGUUCGUCCCCAAACAUCCCAUCAGCUAUAUGCUCACACCUUCCAAAUUUAGAAAAACUAGUGAUGGAAAAUGUUGGAAUUAUAAAUUUGAAUGGAAUGCCUUUUAGAAAUUGUGGCAACUUGAAAACAUUGCAGUUGGGGAAUAAUGAGAUUGUUGCAAUUCCAGCACAUGUAUUUUCAUUCACAGCUUUAGAAUUAAUUGAGCUGAAUAACAAUAAUUUGACUACCUUUGAUGAACAUGCUUUUGACAAUCUAUUCAGGUUGACUACCCUUAACAUUAAUGAAAAUUCUAAUGGAAUAAUUUUACCAGAAACUGUUUUUCAUCAUCUUAUAAGUUUGCAGAGCUUGUUGGUCAGUAAUUGUGGAAUAACAUCAUUUAAUUCUUCGUGGUUUGCUAGCUUGAGGAGCUUAAUACUUUUAGAUUUAUCUAGAAAUAACUUCUCAACAAUUCCAGAAAAUACAUUCAGAUCACAGCAAAGCUUAAGAUUAUUGAACUUAUCUUUUGGACAACUUGAAACAAUUCCUGAAACUACAUUCCAAAAUAUCACAAACUUGCUGAUUCUUGACCUUCAAAGUAACAAAAUUAAGGAAUUUCAUCCGAAUUUAUUCUCAAGUCUAACAUUGCUACAAAACUUGCAUUUGUCAGACAAUCUGAACGUCACAACUCCAUCAAAUAUCUUCAGAUCGUUACAAUCACUGAGAACUUUAGAGCUGUCAUCCAAUAAUGUAACAGUAAUUGAUGGCUGGUUCUCAUCAUUGAGCAACUUAAUUAAUAUUAACUUGAGCAACAAUAACAUAAUUACAAUACCAGACAACACAUUUACAGCAGCAAGAGCUUUACAAAGAAUAAAUCUUAGUCGAAAUAAAAUUGGCAUCUUAGAUUCAAGAUCUUUUGGCUCAUUACAUAUGAUGACUGAAUUGGAUGUUCAUAAUAAUUUGAUUGACGAAGUGGAUCAUUCAUUAGUGAGCCAGUCAUCGAUAUUAAGGAUUGUUAAUUUUUCGAAUAAUAAUUGUACGCAAUUGAGAACGGAUAGCUUUAAUGAAAGUAGAAGUGUCCAUAUGGAUGCAAUGAAAGCUUGUUUUGACAAGUUUGAUUUAAAGCCUAUAGAACUUCAAACAUUCAACUCAACAGUUUACAAUUGGUACAGCAUUCGAACAAAUGAUGGCUGGGAUGCACUCCAUAUUUCUGUCAAAGCUUAUGAAAAUGUUCAUAUUGCUCUUUCAAAUUCAACUAAUACAACGGAACCUCCAAUUGAAAUUAUAAUUGGUCAAAACAGAGGUCGUGUAUCAUCUAUUUUAGAUCAAGGCGUUGCUGUGUUCAGUGAUAAUAAUGAAAGAAGAUUGGAUGAAACAGCAUUUAGAGAUUUCAUUAUUGGAUGGAGGUUUGGAAUUGUCAUGGUAUUUGAGGCAGGCGAACAAAUGCCAUUUAUGGGUUAUAACAUGCAAAACAGAUAUUCUGUUGAUUUCUUUGGGCUACGGACGAUUAUUAGCUUAAGUGACCAUAAAGCUGAAUGGAAAGCCUCCAGACUUCAAAUGUCUUCGACUAAGUCAUUAGAUGAUGUUUAUGCUGACAUCAAGAAUAAAUUGAACAAAAAUAUUCCAAUUGAUUUAAAUCUUUAUUUACGGUGAAGCUUAAUGUCAAAUAAUUAUUUAA